AUGUCGCUGAGACCAAGCGCCAGGACGGAGGUUCGCCGGAACCGGUACAAAGUUGCGGUUGAUGCGGAGGAGGGCCGACGAAGGAGAGAGGACAACAUGGUGGAGAUCCGUAAAAGCAAGCGCGAGGAGAGUCUGAUGAAGAAAAGGCGCGAAGGUAUGCAAGCUCUUCAGGACUUCCCUCCGUCUUCCGCCGCCGUCGAUAAGAAGCUGGAGAGUUUGCAGGAGAUGGUCGAUGGUGUUAUGUCGAAUGAUCCUGCUUUGCAAUUCGAUUCCACUACUCAAUUCAGGAAGCUUUUAUCUAUCGAGAGAAGUCCUCCUAUCCAGGAAGUGAUAGCUUCUGGUGUUGUGCCUCGGUUUGUUGAGUUUCUUAUGAAGGGGGAUUACCCUCAGCUUCAGUUUGAGGCAGCAUGGGCUCUGACUAACAUUGCAUCUGGAACGUCGGAUCACACUAAGGUCGUCAUCGAUCACAAUGCUGUUCCAAUUUUUGUGCAGCUUCUUGCUUCCCCAAACGAUGAUGUCCGUGAACAGGCCGUAUGGGCGUUGGGUAACGUUGCUGGUGAUUCACCACAGUGCCGUGAUCUUGUUCUUGGAUCUGGGGCAAUGGCGCCAAUGCUCAAUCAGCUAAACGAGCAUGCCAAGUUGUCCAUGCUUAGAAAUGCCACAUGGACCUUGUCAAACUUCUGCCGUGGCAAGCCUCCGCCAGUCUUUGACCAGGUGAAACCAGCUCUUCUGGCUUUUGAGCGACUAGUUCUUUCGAAUGAUGAAGAAGUCUUGACAGAUACAUGUUGGGCUCUCUCGUACCUCUCUGAUGGGACCAACGACAAAAUCCAAGCUGUCAUCGAGGCCGGUGUUGUCCCAAGACUUGUUGAACUUCUCCUCCAUCCUUCUCCAUCCGUGCUGAUUCCUGCACUCCGCUGCGUUGGAAAUAUCGUUACUGGAGAUGAUCAACAAACCCAGUGGGUGAUCAGUAGUGGAGCUCUACCUUGUCUUGCCAACCUUCUCACUCAAAACUAUAAGAAAAGCAUAAAGAAGGAAGCAUGCUGGGCGAUUUCUAACAUCACAGCAGGCAACAGAGAACAGAUCCAGACAGUAGUUGAGGCUGAUCUGAUUGCCCCCUUGGUCACUCUGCUUCAAACUGCUGAAUUUGACGUUAAGAAAGAAGCUGCGUGGGCGAUUUCAAAUGCAACUUCAGGUGGCUCUCAUGAUCAAAUCAAAUACCUGGUGGAGAAAGGAUGCAUAAAACCAUUAUGCGAUCUCUUGGUAUGCCCGGAUCCAAGAAUCAUAACAGUCUGCCUUGAAGGACUGGAAAACAUUUUGAAGGUUGGAGAGGCAGAGAAGGCCUUGGGUAACACAGGGGACGCGAACUAUUUCGCUCAGCUGAUUGAUGAUGCAGAAGGGCUAGACAAGAUUGAGAACCUUCAGAGCCAUGACAACAAUGAGAUCUAUGAAAAGGCUGUGUCGAUGGAUCCCAGGCCGGGUUCCAGUUUGGAGGGAACCAAGCUUCUGUCCCAUCUGGGGGAUUCAACUUCAGCUGAAGGAGUGGAAUUGGAAGGUCAGAGUCAGUCACGGUCUAGUUUCAUUGUCGGGGUUUAUAUGGUCUCAGGGCUAACCGGGUGGUCGGUUUAA